AUGGGUGUUAUUAGGAAGAAGAAUGCAGCGCGCGGCACAGAUGGUGGAACCAAAUAUCACUGUGACGUCUGCUCUGUCGACGUCACCAGCACGGUACGGAUAUCUUGCGCGCAUUCCGCUUGCCACGAAUAUGACCUUUGCGUUCCAUGUUUUGCUGCAGGCCAGCACUCAAAGAACCAUGACCCACGUACCCAUCCAUUCUCGGUAAUCGAACAGAACUCCGUUCCUAUCUACGCUGCCGAUUGGGGUGCCGACGAAGAGCUGUUACUUUUAGAGGGUGCUGAAAUCUAUGGUUUAGGCUCCUGGGCCGACAUUGCAGAUCAUAUUGGAGGUUACCGGACAAAGGAGGAAGUUCGCGAUCAUUAUGCUGAAAUCUACAUAAACAGCUCCAAUUUUCCGCUUCCCGAGCUUGCGGAUCCCAGCGAUAAAUCGUUACAAGAGGAGAUACCGAAAGAGGAAUUUCAGGCUCGCAAGAAACGACGGAUUGAAGAAAGAAAAGAAGCCGCUAAAGCCGCUCCUCCAGCAACCCCCAAACAGAAACCUACCGCUUCGGUACCGGCUUGUCAUGAAGUUCAAGGCUAUAUGCCUGGUCGCUUAGAAUUUGAGACUGAAUUUGCGAACGAUGCCGAGGAAGCAGUCCAGCAUAUGCAAUUUGAGCCAGGAAAUGGUCUAAAUGCCAAUGGAGAAUUGGAUGCUGAGAUGGAACUUAAGAUGACCGUAAAAGACAUUUAUAAUUCCCGUUUGACAGCAAGAACCGAGCGCAAGAAGAUCUUGUUCCAACAUAAUCUAUUGGAGUAUCGCAGAAAUGCAGCUAUGGAUAAAAAGCGGACUAAGGAAGAGCGUGACCUACUAAACAAAGCAAAACCCUUCGCUAGAAUGAUGAGCCAUGAAGAUUUUGAGGAGUUCACAAAAGGCUUAGAAUAUGAGCAUAAUCUUCGAAUAGCAAUUGCGCAGUUGCAAGAAUGGAGAACAAUGGGGAUUGGGGACUUGAAAGCUGGGGAUAAGUAUGAACAGGAAAAGGCGCAACGUGCACAGAGAGUGGUUCCACAGGGUGCCUUUGAUCGUCUUGCCAGUGCACGGCCAAAAAUACAACAACAGCCUGAAGGCCCUUCCGCUGCUGCCCAAUUAACAAUGCCCCAACUACCCUUGCGGUUACAGAAUAUACUCUCCCCAAUCGAAACACCACCUGUCCUCAAUGAAUUUGAUAAAGCGCUUGCUAGUGCAAAUUUAAAUGGUGCACCCACCCCUUUGUUAUCAAAGGCCAAAUUUGUCGUUCCUCCAAUCAAUGGAACUACUCCUUGGAGACUAGAAAACGAAAAAGUCCCCGAUAUCCACCUUUUAUCAAAAGAAGAGGUGGAAUUAUGCAAUAUAUUACAUUUGCGGCCUAAACCAUAUAUUGUCAUUAAGGAACAUAUGAUAAAAGAGGCCAUGAAGCAAGGAGGAAGCCUAAAGAAAAAGGAUGCGCGAGCAAUGUGCAAAAAAUUACAAAACAUCUCUCUUGAAAUAGCCAUGUACUUCCAGGCUCUGCUCACUCUGCUCUGUGCAGGUCUUGUCGCAUCCGCUGCUAUCAAUCGCGAAGCCCCCGCACAGCUCGUGGAAAGACAAUUCCCAUCGGGCGGCUUUCAGUUUUCAGGCAAUGGCGCUCAAUUCCCAUCUGGUGGCUUCCAGUUCCCGGGAAAUGGUGCUCAAUUCCCUUCCGGUGGCUUUCAGUUCCCAGGAAAUGGCGCUCAAGUCCCCUCCGGCGGCCCUCAGUCCCAACAAAACAACCCCCCAGCACCUACCAGCUCUCCAUCGCCAUCCCCCAGCGAAGCUUCCCCAUCAACACCAAACUCUUCAGUCUCUGAAUCCUCCGAAGUUUCUCAAUCCACCGUGGAGCCGACUGCUACCCCGGAGCCAACGUCCGCCUAG